CCUCGCGGCCUCUUGCCUUUUGUCGCGCUGCCCGCGCUCGAGGGCCACUCUCCGCCGGCGUCCGAGCCUCGCGCGCUGCUCUCCUCCCCGCCGCCGCCGCCGCCGCCGAGAUGCUGCGCUGCGGCCUAGCCUGCGAGCGCUGCAGGUGGAUCCUGCCGUUGCUCCUGCUGAGCGCCAUCGUCUUUGACAUCAUCGCGCUGGCCGGUCGCGGCUGGCUGCAGUCGAGCGACGACAGCCAGACGUCCUCGCUAUGGUGGCAUUGCUUACUAGGAGCCUGCGACAGCCUCAUGGUGUAUGCUUGGGGAAGGGCAGCCGCCGCCAUGCUGCUCUGUGGUCUCAUCAUCCUGGUGAUCUGCUUCAUCCUCUCCUUCUUUGCCCUCUGUGGACCCCAAAUGCUUGUCUUCCUGAGAGUGAUCGGAGGCCUCCUGGCCCUGGCUGCUGUGUUCCAGAUCAUCUCCCUGGUAAUUUACCCUGUGAAGUACACUCAGACCUUUAACCUUCACCUCAACCCUGCUGUCACUUACAUCUAUAACUGGGCCUACGGCUUCGGGUGGGCGGCCACUAUUAUCCUGAUCGGCUGUGCCUUCUUCUUCUGUUGCCUCCCCAACUAUGAAGAUGACCUGCUGGGCAAUGCCAAGCCCAGGUACUUCUACACAUCUGCCUAAGGUGGGGAAUGAGCAGAAGAACAUCACUGCUGCUGAGAUAGAUUCCAGAGAAAGAAACUGUUUUCCCCAGAAUACUUUGAACCUGUUUUGGGGACAAUGUUCAUAUCAUUAAACUAUGGUCAAAAUGUUAAAAUAAUCUGGGGAAAGUGUUUCUUAAAUGGUGUUAUAGUUUCAUAUUCAUCUUUUAUAUAUGUUUUGUAGUGUUAAGUAAGACUUCUUUUAAUUAAUUACCUAAUUAUUAAGUUGGCUAAAAAGUUCAUUCAGGCUUGUCCGUAAGAUUGAUGGGAAAACCUGACUCACUUUUUUGCCAACUCAAUACUAAAAUGCCAAUGUUUGCUUGUAUCUAACAAUACCAUUGAUAUUGCAUUUGUAAAAGAAUAUGAGUAUGAAAGUAACCACAUAAUUUAUAAGGUAAAAAUGAGAAGGCUUCAAAGACUUGAGUACUCUGGUUAGGUUUCUGUUUUUUCCAGAUGGAAUGGGUUGGGUCUAUUAAGGACUAAGGAGAAGAUGAUACUGGUAAAAAUUGUCAGUGACUAAAUAUUCUAAAAGAAAUGCAAAAAAAAUUUUUUUCAAGCCUUUGGCUAUUCAAAGAAGCAAAAUUGGUUCCUACAUGCAUGUCAUUUGUGAGAAUUUCUAAUGAAUAUCAUGAAUAAUUGAUUUGGGGCUAAGCUUUCCAUUAACUUAAUAUGACAUCUAGAAAAGUAUUCUAUCAUUGCCAAAAUCUGUUGCAGUAGUAAGGCCUCCUUAAGCAGUGAAAUCUUAAGAUGAAAUUUUCUCUUUUAAAGUGGUUCAUAGGGUGGGGGUGUGGUAGAAAGCUACUAGUAAUUCUCUGCUCUUUGGUGUCUAUAUGCUCUAGACCAGAGUAGACUGGAUUGAAAAAUGGACCGGUCUAAUUCAUUAUGACCUUUAAGUAGUAUUAGGUUGUUCAGUAAAGCAUUAGGAGGGCCAUUCCCAUCACAAAAGUAACAUUAAACAGCCUAAAGAGGAGACAUGGCUUGAAUUUUUCAUCUUUGGCUUGAUCGGGCUCUAAUCAUGUAGACACAGCUUCUGAUAGAUUGCAACUGUAAGCAAAAACUUAAAUAUGGUUAAAAACCUGGUUUCCCUUGGUAAACAGAUUAAAAAUAUCUGAUGUAAAACAUUUAACAGGAGAAUUCAGGAAUGUGGGAUUUCUCUGACUUGCAAAUAUGAUAUAUCACAUGGAAUAUUAUUAUUUUUUUACUAUUUGUACUUACAUAAUGAAAACCAAUUCAUUUUAUAUAUCAAAUUAUUUUGUAAGUUGUAAAAACAGCAGUUGCAGUUUUAUUAUGAACUUUUCUCAAUAAACCAGGUGAUCUUA